UUUGCUUCUUUUGUGUUCCAAAUCCAAUCUAUCUUGGUCUACUCUUUACCUUAGCCAAAUGGUCAUUAAGAAGAUUCCUUGUACAUUCAUUAAACUCAUUCUCCUCAUCUCCCCAAUCCUCUAUUUCCUUGUAUUGGCAGCGUCUAUUCAUCCUUAUUCGGUUUUUGCCGAAGAAGCUACCAAUGUAGAAGACCCAGAGUUCUACAUUCUUGAUGAAACUCCUAGAAUACUUUCGAAUGUAACGAUAUCAUCCAAAACACGACUACUAGUUUGCCAUUACAAAAAGAUCAGAAAAGGGAUGAGAUGUCAUGUCGCAGGUUACAACAUUUGCGACGGCGUAAAGGCUGACAAGGGGACGAGUUUGUUGUAUUGUUGCAAGAAGCAUUGUCGGAAUAUCUUGGGAGAUAUGAACAAUUGUGGACGGUGCGGUCACAAAUGCAGAUUCGGACAACGAUGUUGCGGAGGCAUCUGCACCUAUGUCGGCUUUAACCCCAAGCAUUGUGGUAAAUGCAACAAUAAGUGUAAAUCCGGGGUUAAAUGCGAGUAUGGAUAUUGUGGGUACGCUUGAUUUUUAGUAUGAAGAAAUGUUAAAGGGGUUAAGGGGUGGUGUAUUUCUAUAGAAGCUUAUAAGUAGAGAGAUCAUCGCAUACAAGAUUUCUAUUCAUUAUUUUCUGUAGAUGUUAUUUUAUCAAUAGCUUCUAUAUAUCCGCGAUAUUCACUAAACGAAAACGCAUGAGAGCAACUAAACCUUCUUCUGCAUUUUAUCUCGUGAAGUAUGUUUUAUUUUCCUA